GGCAGCGGGACAUGGAGCCUGCCCGCUCUGCCAGCCCUGACUCAGGCGCCGGGGCCGAGCUGCAUCUCCCGGCAGGAGAUGGAGCAACCUGGCCACGUGCUCACUCGAAAACGAACCUGAAACCGAAGCCGCGCCAGGCCAGCGGGGUCAGGAUUCCCCGCUUGAAGUCAGAGGUGAGUCACCGCUGAGAGCGACCGACCUCGGCAGCUGACAAGUGGCCACAGAGAGGCAGAGGCGCGAGACGAGAGCACAGGAAGCAGGCAGCGCAGCUGAGCGUCCGGGGCAAGCAUGGCGAGCAGCAUGGAGGUGGUGGCCAUGGACUGUGAGAUGGUGGGGCUGGGGCCCAACAACGAGAGCGGCUUGGCCCGGUGCAGCCUCGUGGACAUCAAGGGCGCCGUGAUCUACGACAAGUUCAUCCGGCCCGAGGGGGAGAUCACCAAUUACAGAACCGCGGUCAGCGGGGUCACGGCCCGGCACAUGGAGAAGGCCACACCCUUCGCCGUGGCCAGGCUGGAGAUCCUGCAGCUCCUGAGAGGCAAGCUGGUGGUGGGUCAUGACCUGAAGCACGACUUCGAUGCCCUGAAAGAGGACAUGAGCAAGUACGCCAUCUAUGACACGGCCAGCGACAGGCUGCUGUGGCGCCAGGCCGACCUGCACCGCUGCAAGCGUGUCUCCCUCCGCGUGCUCAGCGAGCGGCUCCUGGGGAAGCGCAUCCAGAGCAGCCUGUCCGGCCACAGCUCGGUGGAAGACGCCAGGGCAACCAUGGAGCUCUAUCAGAUCUCCCGGAGAAUCCGCGCCCCCUGAGGGACGCCCGCCAGGCGGUGCCCGCUGGACUCAGCCCCUCCCCCAGGGGCCACAGGGGCCUUCAGGACUGCAACUCCUUUGCUCUUGGAAAAUGCAUCUUUGGUAGUAAAACGCCUCUAUAUUUUCUCUACGCCA